GAAACACAAGGCAGGCGGAGGAGCUGCUGAGAGCUGGACUGGCGGCGGCACCGCUGCCUUCUGACUACUGAGCCCUCCCGGGAGCCCAUGUCCUGCAGAAAGUGCCCAGGGCCACAGUGGGGCAACUGACACCGAGUUAUUACCCCCAACCUCAUGCUCUGAAAGUGAAGUGGAUUUCCACCUGGCACUGAAGAAGUUAAUAUAUCCCCCUGGUUUGGGACAGUGCAAUAGACUGAUACCAUGACGGGCGUGACUUGCCCCAGCGAUGAUCACGGAGUAAUAAAGGGCCACACAGGGCGCAGGAAAGAGCAUGGCACAGGGGCGGGCAGCCCACCUAUGUGGCACAGCGCCGAUGGGUCCCACAUCAUCUCAGAUCCGGGGAGGGGGGCGCCACACGGAGCCGUGAAGAAGCACCAUCACAAGCACAGCAUCAAGCACAGAUAUGAACUGCUGGAGACCCUGGGCCGGGGGACGUACGGCAAAGUGAAGAGAGCCACAGAGAAGGCCACUGGGAAGAUGGUCGCUGUGAAGUCAAUUCAGAAAGAUAAGAUCACGGAUGAGCGGGACAGAGUGCACCUUCAGCGAGAGAUUGAGAUAACUGCGCUGCUGCAACAUGAACACAUUAUACGGGUUUUUGAAGUGUUCGAGAGCAGAGAUAAGAUAAUCAUUGUCAUGGAGUACGCCAGCAACGGGGAGCUCUACGACUUCAUCAAUAAUAAGCAUCAGAUUCCAGAAAAUGACGCUCGGAGAUUCUUCCGUCAGAUUGUUUCUGCCGUGCACUACUGCCACAAGAAAGGGAUUGUACACCGGGAUAUUAAACUGGAGAACAUUCUUUUGGAUGACAACUUGAAUGUAAAGCUUGCAGAUUUUGGGCUAUCAAAUCAUUUCCAAAAACACCAAGUCUUGGAAACGUACUGUGGCAGUCCUCUCUAUGCAUCCCCUGAGAUUGUGAAAGGAUUGCCCUACCAAGGACCAGAAGUUGAUUGCUGGGCCCUGGGUGUACUACUUUAUGCUCUGGUUUAUGGAAUUAUGCCAUUUGAAAACAGUAACUACAAGUCCCUUGCUGAACAGAUAAGCCGUGGCCAGUACAGGGAGCCUCCACAUCUCUCAGGUGCAUUUGGACUGGUUGACUGGAUGCUCACAGUGAAUACAUCAAGCAGAGCCACCAUAGAAGACAUUGCCAACCACUGGUGGGUCAACUGGGGAUAUGACACAGUGGUGUGUGACUGUGAAUUGGCGCCUGAAUGUCAUUCCCCUCUAUUAGCCCGGUAUAUAGAGUGCCAGAACACACAAGGUUUCCAAAUGACAACGAUGGAACAUCAGCAAGAUGAGCUAAGAAAAGAAGAGGAGUAUGAAGUUUGCCUUAGGAAAUCUAAGAAGGAAAAUGAUAUUAUUCAGUCCCAGCAAGAAAUUGACUUGAAUAAUACAAUCCAAAUACCCAAAGGAAUCCUUAAGAAAAGAAGCAGUUUUGACAGCGCAUUUUUGACCUCUUCUAAUCUGUCCGAAGAGCGGCCUCAAAACUGUACCCAGGUAAAUAAAGACUCGCAAAGCCCACCCUUGUACAGUACAGUCAGUCCCAUAAAUACUGAAGCUAUUUUUAAGAUGCCAAAGAAAGGAAUACUUAAAAAAACAUCAUACGAAAGGGAAUCUGGUUAUUCGUCUUCCCCGGAAAGGAUCAUGUCAACAGAAUGUCCAAAAACAUCUCACCAAGUUCUACAAAAUAAAAGGAGGUCAGAGAACGAGUUCAAGAGAAAAAAAGGUAUUCUGAAAACAACUGGCCGGUUUUCAGGCACUUUAGACGCCGCAGGGGAUGGUUCAGUGAAUAGUCUCUCUGGUUCCUUGGAAGACUUGUUCCUUUCCAAUGAAGGACCUGCUAAAGGCCCAAGUCGGCCAUCGAGUGUCAUUAGCGAUGACAGCUUUCUCUCUAGUGAUUCAUUUGACCUGGUUGAUGUGACUUCUGAGAAAAAAAGUCAGUUUUUUUCCUACAGUCCCCAAAGCAACUUUUCCAGUUCUGAGGAAGAAGAUGGCUUGUCAAGCAAGAUUACUGGGGUUCACUAACUGAAAAGACCUUUUUUUUAUAUAUACCUAAGUGCCUUAUGAAAAGCUGAAAUCUUGUGUAGAUAUAUGGUGGACACUGGCCUUAGCUGCAAUGAUGUAUGAUAGUCCAAUAGAACUCCUGGAAUUCAGUGAGGAACCUGAAUCAUUUUAGACGCUAUCCCAGAGUUCUAAUGUACAGGUUUUCGUUAGGUAUAAUUUCACAGUUAAAAGGAAGUUGGCAGUCCCAUGACUACAUUGGGUGUAUAGGGAUCCCUUCACUUGAUCUUUUUAUUAAAAUGCUCUUCAACCAUCUGCUGGAUUUCGCCAACAUAUAGAGAAGCGUCAUCUCUGAUUGUAGGCUCCAUCAGUCAGUUACCCAUACCCACUGUUCAUCCCUCUGCUUUAUAAUGCAGUCCAGGUAAUAUAGGCUCCUGCAAAGUAAUUGGUGCCAAUGAGAUUUAUGCUUUGGUAAAUUGACCACAAGCUGCAUUCAAGUUGUGCUUCCCUCAGUAGGAUUUGCAGAGUCAUUUCUGGUGCAAUGAUGCUUGCUUUCCAACAAUUCAUUAGGUGAAAUAAAUAUGAGCCCAGGAAGUAAGGAGACAGUGGUGUAGGUGAAAGCUAUUUUGCUUCUUUGUGUUAUUUCUAAGCUGUCCAUUCCCAUAAUCCUUGAUCAUGAUCCAUUUAUUAUAAAUGAAACCUCACCCUAAUAUCUGUAGCCCCUAGUUUCUGCUUGAUCUUUUAUUUACCAUUCAUUUUAAAGCUUUUCAUCCCAUUUCAUUAAAAAGUAUAACAUGUCCCAUAAGAUUGUGAUAUGGGUAAAAAUUACUAAAAUACCAGAAACAAAAGAAAAAAAAUCCCCUCUGUGAAGGAAAUACCAGAGACGGUAUUUAAUUACAUUUACAUAAGAUUCAGAGCCAAAGAAAGUAUUGUAAGAAAAUGCGGAAAUGCCAGAGCAUUCCGUAGAAGAGUGAUUGGCUCGGUGAACUCAGACAAAGGGCUGCCUGCUACUGAACUCUCCUCUAUUCCCAUGUCGGUUCUUUGGGAUUUUGGGAAAGUCAACUAUUUUUGUAAUAACGUUUGCUUUCUCCAAUCUUGCAGUAUAGACUAUGUAAUGCAUACUGGGAUUAUUGCCAGGAAUCAUCAACAGCCCUUCUGAGGGGUUAUUUCAGAAGGUUCAUGCAUUGUUUUAGGGAUGUAGCCAAUGAAAUGACUGUACACUGCAGGGAAUCAUACUCACUUCACUGAGGUUUUGAUACUUCAUUCUAAAGUUCUAUUUUAUGAUUAAAUGUAUGGGAAGAAAGACAUGAUACUUUAUGUUUCUGAAUGUAUAAGAGAUUAUGCUGGAUUAAACUGCUGAGAGAAGCAUUAUGGCUUUAGGCUUAUAUCACAUGGGGCAGUUUCUUGGUGAAGAAAAAUGCCCAUACCAUGUCCAUUGACUUUAAUAGUAGACGUCUGACGCUGCUGGUAGCCUUCAGCACUCAAAAUCCAUUUUAAAGCACUGUCUGUGCCAGUGGAGUCAAACAGAUUCUGUUAGGUCAAAAGGAGGAAACCCAGAUUCUGAAAGUCCAUAUAGGGGUUGCCAAAUAGCCAAUUUCAGCCCUUAUUUGGCACCUCCGGGAACAUUUUUUAUGCUUGUGUUGCUCCCCAAAUACUUUUACAUUUGACUGUGAUUUAUGGGUUAAAAAGCCCCAUGUGACUUUACCUUAUUGCUGUAUGGUGGUUGUACCCCUCUCCUGCCAAGACAAUGGUGUUGGAAUGGAAGUAAUCUGAAAAAGAUUUCCCAAAUAUACAUUUCUCUGGUGGUUUUAUGUAAGAAUUAGAAAUCUUACCGUAUGUAGCAACUUCUUGCCAAGGCCCUAUAAGCCAACAACAUCUGCAAGCAACAGAGAUGCAUCAUUAAAAAGUCAUUAAGCUCAACCGUGCUAUUAUCAUCCAAUUCCCAGGGGCUCUUCCAAUAAAUGCCAGUAACUAAUUUUAAACGUAGGAUUAAAAAAGGAAAACCUCCAAGCUAAAAUACCUAUCUGUGAAAGCCAGCAAACAUUUCCUGGUUGUGCUGCUAGAAUAUUUAUUAUAUGUGUUUACUAAUGUCUGAACCUUCAGCUGUUUAAUGUCAUACAGACAAUGGAUGCUGUGAAAUGUCUCGCCAUACUUACUUACCGGUUAAAUUAAUUUCAUAAAUGAGUCCAGAAGUGGAAAAUGCGUUCUGUAAUAAACCCGACAAAUUCUUUUCAUGGGAUUUCUAUGUUAACAAAUGGCUAUUAUUAAAUAGCUAUGCAGCCUUUAUCAAAUGAAAUACAGAUUAAUGUUUUAAAGAGUC